GGCGUUUGUCUCUCCUCUCCUUGUUCCCUGCUUCCCCUGUUGUUCUCUUUUCUUUGUCUCUUAACGUGACCUCGUAUUGUGUUUCUGUAGUCCUCACUGAUAAUCAUUAGCGCUCAACCUAACCUAGGUUACCUAAGGUCAACUUAACAAUUGUUUCGGCUCCAGGGACCCCCAGACCUCAGCAAACAUCCUCUUUGCUUUGAGGCUAGAAGUGUUUACUCUGCCAAAUGUCACAAACCUUAUCUAAAAUCGAAGAGACGCUUCUCAGUCACCUAAAGCUGUAACAAUAAUAUCUUUCUAGUUUUUCACCUUAUCUUUUGUUUUUCUGGAACUGAAAUAUUUCUGCCUUUUGCAAGCACUGACCUGCUACAUUCCUGGAAAGGCUGAUAAAUCCACGGUAUUUGAGUGACCAUUGAAUAGUCUUUAGUAAGGGCUUCUCCGGCUUUGCAUGCUGUCAUACAGAGAGACUGCAGAGCACUCUGAUGAGACAAGAGGCCGGUGCAUUAAAACCUCCAGUGGCGACAGAAAAGGUUGCAGGAAAGCUGAGUUCUACUCUCUCAUGGGUGAAGAGCGCGGUGUCCCACGGCGUCGGUCAAAUGGCUAGUCAGGUGGUCAGCCCGUCGGCCUCCUCGCUGCACACCACCUCCUCCUCCACCACGCUGUCCACGCCCGCGCUGUCGCCCUCCUCGCCCGCGCAGCUGAGCCCCGACGAGCUGGAGCUGCUCGCCAAGCUCGAGGAGCAGAACAGGCUCCUGGAGACGGACAGCAAGUCCCUGCGCUCGGUCAACGGCUCCCGCAGGAACAGCGGCUCCUCGCUGGUGUCCAGCUCCUCGGCCUCCAGCAACCUGGGCCACCUGGAGGAGGACUCCUGGAUCCUCUGGGGCCGCGUCGUCAACGAGUGGGAGGAAGUGCGCAAGAAGAAGGAGAAGCAGCUCAAGGAGCUCGUCAGGAAGGGGAUCCCCCACCACUUCAGGGCCAUCGUCUGGCAGCUGCUGUGCAACGCGCAGAGUAUGCCCAUCAAGGACCAGUACUCCGAGCUGCUGAAGAUGACAUCGCCCUGCGAGAAGCUCAUCCGCCGGGACAUCGCACGGACCUACCCCGAGCACGAGUUCUUCAAGGAGAAGGACAGCCUGGGGCAGGAGGUGCUCUUCAACGUCAUGAAGGCUUACUCCCUGGUUGACCGGGAGGUUGGCUACUGCCAAGGGAGUGCUUUCAUUGUCGGACUGCUGCUCAUGCAGAUGCCAGAAGAGGAAGCCUUCUGUGUGUUUGUGAAACUAAUGCAAGACUACCGGCUGAGAGAGCUCUUCAAACCCAGCAUGGCGGAGCUGGGGCUCUGCAUGUACCAGUUUGAGUGCAUGAUUCAGGAGCAGCUCCCUGAGCUGCACGUGCACUUCCAGGCCCAGAGCUUCCACACCUCCAUGUACGCCUCCUCCUGGUUUCUCACCAUCUUCCUCACUUCCUUCCCCCUGUCUGUGGCCACCAGGAUCUUUGACGUCUUCAUGUGUGAGGGUUUAGAGAUUGUGUUCCGUGUUGGAUUAGCUAUCCUGCAAAUGAAUCAAGCAGAACUAAUGCAGCUUGACAUGGAGGGAAUGUUACAGUACUUCCAGAAGGUCAUCCCGCACCAGCUGGACAGCGGGCCGGACAAGGUGAUCCAGGCUGCGUUUCAAGUCAAAUACAACGCCAAGAAAAUGAAGAAGUUAGAGAAGGAAUACACUACCAUAAAAACUAAGGAGAUGGAAGAACAAGUUGAGAUCAAGAGACUGCGCACGGAGAACCGACUGCUGAAGCAGCGCAUUGACACCCUGGAGAAAGAAAGUGCUUCCUUGGCAGAUAGAUUGAUCCAGGGACAAGUGACAAGGGCACAAGAGGCUGAGGAAAACUACCUCAUAAAACGGGAGCUGGCCACCGUCAAACAGCAGAGCGAUGAGGCCAGCGCUCAGCUGGAGCAGGCCCAGAGCACCAUCAGGGAGCUCCAGCAGCAGCACAGAGGGGUAAGGAGCCCCUCACCGGGGGGAGCGUGCACAGCCGUCGCCGUUUCCUCUGUCCCUCAGACACAGGGCCCGGAGAGCCGUCCUGAUCGGGGCUCUUCCUCUGCCCCUGGUCCGAGACGCGCUGCCCCGCCUAGAAGGGCAGAGCGGUUCGGUCCCCCUCCGGUGGUGAUGACGACAUCGGCACCGUCGCCUCCUCCGCUACUGGGGGGGUUGGUCAGCCCUGGUCCGGCGGAGCCUCGGUCUCCGUCUGACUCCGCUAAGCAGGCGGUUUCUGAAGCGACGGGGUCCUGUGGCUCCCGGGACGACGGCUGGCCAGUCGUGACCAGGGCAGAACCCGUUGACACCAGACUGAUCAAAGUUCGCACGUGUUCCUGGUCUUUUCAGACUGGGGAGGGAUGGGAGACUGACAGAGCCUGUCGCCCUAGGUUUCUCCAGGACCAGGUUGGGUCCCAGCUUUCACUUUGCCAGGUUGUUCAGGUGCAGGGUCAUAUAAUUCCCAGCACUGCGCUGCCCUCGACAGUGGAGUCGUCUCCCUCUCUGGCUCCUCGCGCGUGCGGCCCAGCAGUCCUGCUGUGGAGGGAGGCCGUGGCCUCAGGCUGGGGCUGCUGGGUUCUGGUUCCCAACGAGAUGUUUAUUAAAAUGUGUCGGAGGCGCGUGGGGGAGGACCGGUCCUCUGAAGGGUCAGAGGGCGGCUCCGGCCCCCGCGCGGCUCGCGGCGGGGCGGCUGUCGCUGAAGGCGGGCGGCCUGUGUUGCAGAGGCACCUGGCGCGGACGGCGGGCCGGUGGCGGGACAGCCCCAGGAAGAACGCCCUGAACGAGCUGCAGGAGGAGCUCAUGAGCGCGCGCCUGCGAGAGGCCGAGUCCCAGGCGGAGCUGAAGGAGACGAGGCAGAGGAUGAUGGAGCUGGAGACGCAGAAUCAGAUCAGCAGCAACCAUCUGCGCCGAGCGGAGCAGGAGCUGAGGAGCGUGAGGGAGAGAGUGCAGCUCCUGGGCACCCAGAACAAGGGCCUCCUGGCGCAGCUCCAGGAGCUCAGGAGGAAGCAGGCCGAGACCGAGUGCAAAAAUAAAGAGGAGGUGAUGGCCGUGCGGCUGCGCGAGGCAGACAACAUCGCCGCCAUGGCGGAGCUGCAGCAGCAGAUCGCCGAGCUGGAGAUCCAGAAGGAAGAAGGGAAGGUGCAGGGCCAGCUGAACAGCUCCGACUCCAGCCAGUACGUCCGGGAGCUGAAGGACCAGAUCGCGGAGCUGGAGCACGAGAUCCGCUGCUUACGAGGCCAGAGGGCCUUGUCCGGCCAACCCACUUUUGACGGGAUCCAUAUCGUCAACCACUACAUGGGGGACGACGAGUCCUACCACUCCUCGGACGAAGAGGGCCUGGCCGGGCCCGUCGGGCGGAGCGCGGCGGCCAGCGCGUCUCGGCCCUUCGAUCCCCGGCGGGACGUCCCCAGGAUCGUGCUGCGCGCCGACCUCGAAGACACGGACAGCGAGGACGACGAGGAGCCGCCGAGUCUGACUGUCCCUCCCGAGUCGUACUCCACCACCGUCUGACCGCUGCCCGGGGGCCUGCCUGCGCGUGGCUCGUCCUCCAGCCCGCAGGUGGAGAGGUAGAGUUCUGCCGCUGGGCGUCGGCCACAUCUGCUAAAACCGAGAGGCGUCGUCGAAGAGACCAGCGCGUACUUCUACAUUUUACUGUCCUUCCGAUUUUUUUAUUUUUCUGCCUGACUGUUGCCAAAACCGGUCUGUCGUUUGCGUUGUUGCCAGCUGAAAGCCCAGGACCGGUCAGCGAGAGGCGUGUUUGUCCAGAUCUCGUUCCGAGCUGGGAGCUGGGAGCUUUCCCGGGCGGGACAGGACACUGAGGGUCUGCAGACAGAGGAGCCCCCUGAGCUGCAGUACAGCUGGAAACUGUGUGCAAUAUUGUGUUUCAAUGCCCGGCAAGAACAAAUUUUUAAACCUAUCGGGGUUUCUGCGUUUCGAGCGGUGGUUUCAAUGGGGCAUCAGGGGCUGUCAGUGGUCAGUUACGGAUAAAGAAAAAAAAAGUCCUCUUUUUUUAAGAGCAGUUUGGGAGAGCAUGACCACAAGCCUGUUCAUCCUCACUACAGUGCUCAGUCAGACAUUAACCACACCGAUACAGAAUUGCCCAUGAGCAAACAGAAAUCAAAUAGGCUUCUUUAUUUUUUCCUGUGUGUGUUAGUGGUGAUAGCCAUGACAGUCGAGUAGUAUUUGUACCCGUGUGUAUAUGUAAACAGAUGUUCUGCUUUCCUUACUUUUUUGUCUUUGUAUUUUAACAUGGACUUGAAGAUCUGCCUUUUUUUUAUUGAUGUUGCGGGAGAUCUGCUCUUGGACAUCAAGUGCGUCGUUCAGAUGAAAUGGGUGCUUCACCUUCGAGUCGGGUGGGAGAAAUGUUUUUAAAGCACGUUAUUGAUGGACCUUCUCACCAAGAAUGUGUACAGGCAACAUCUGAGAGGCAGCAGAAAGAAAACGUGUGUGCUGUGUGUCUGGUCAGUUCCCUGAUCUGCCCGGCGUGAGGUGAAGGCUCUUCCUUGCCCGGUACUGCUUGCACUUCGCCUGCGGCAGUAUGACCAUUUGCUGUGACAGAAAGGGAAAUGCACAAUCAGAUCAAUCAGUGGUAGAACAAAUUACAAUUAAUAAAUACUGAAGAAACAACUUAGAAAUCCUAUUUAAUGUUUGUUUACCGAUGUAAAUAUUUUGUUAUUUUAUCUGUUGCUUGGGAAUCUCUUUUGAAUGCAAAUACGUGCAAACCGAAACAGUACAUUUACUGAUUAACCACAUUUCUAACUCUUUAAAGUGGGUGUUGUCCAUACAUAAUUGCUUUUAAAAAGGUUUUUUGUUUUUGUUUUUUUUUGCUCCUGGAAAGUCUGCGUCUGGGUCUCUUCGCUGUAGCUGUGAUCGCUGACAGGCUUUCCCGGACAGCAGGUGAUGUGCAGUGUUGUACGAUCGCAAGCCUCACUCCGCCUCACCCUGUGUUAGUCCUGCUGGGAUAAGCGUGCGCUUCUGACAGGCUCUCCCCCAGGAUGGCUUUCAAACAGCUCCGCUUCAGUGCGAACUCCGCUCUGCCCUUUUUUUUUUGUUAGUUGCGAAUAAACUCGCUCUUUUUCCGGCGCUCCAGAACUAUUUUGACAAAGUAAUAAUAAGCCCGGUCAGUUACCUUCAUCAUACUGGGUUGCAAAGACGACGCCGGAGCAAAAGUGUGUUUUUAAACCUUUCCGAUCUGCGGUCAGAGAGAUCGUUCAGAAUGCAAGAGAUUCAAACCGGUUCCAUGUGAUCUCCUUUGACUCCUCGCUCGAUCGGAAUGAACCAGGUUUCUUUCGCGGCUGGUGGUUGGUUUUCCAUUUUUUUUUUAGCACGGUGAGGUGAUGCGUAGCGAUGCGGUUGUGGCGAGAGGACUGGCGUGGCCGCCCCCUUCCUGUAGGGGUCGGUACUGCAGGGCACUGUGUCCGCCCGCAGUGCAGCACCAGACCAUCGGCACCAGCAGGACGAGGUCCUGCCACCCCUGUGGAGGUCAUGCCUGUCAGUUAACACUAGCUAAAAGUAUCAAAGUCUGCCAUCGAUGUCUAACAUCCUUUUACUGAAAAAAAAAACACUAUUGAGCUCUUAACUUGAAAUGUACAUGAUAUGUAUGUAUAUAAAAUAUGUUCGAAAUAAAAUUUUCAUGAUUUAAUAAAC